CUGAUCGAUAGUGAAGGCCAAUGGAACACUUGGACAAUUUUCAGCAAAAUUUUUACCAUAUGGAGAUAAAGACUAUCAAAAAAAAUUGCAUCCAUGUCAGCAACCAACACUAUUGAGGGAAAGGGAGCCUUUUGGUACUGGAUCCUAGUCUCUGUAAUGGCCUUUGUAAUAAUAUGUGGAAAUUCCCUGGUCAUAUUUUUGAUCGUUACACGCGCAAGACUUCAUGUGACGCCAAAUUGGUUCGUGCUGUCGUUAUCGAUAGCUGAUCUCUCUGUAGGACUGAUUGUGGCGCCAUCAUACAUCGCUUACACGUUCUGGAUUGAUGCCAAUUUCGGAGUGCUCGUUAUGUUCUACAACUUACUUUUUUAUGCUUCAGUCGGGAACCUCUGCGUCAUGACUUUUGAUCGUUACGUUGCUAUCACAAGACCUCUUCGGUAUCCGUCUGUAAUGACAACUUCAAUGGCACUGCGACUGAUUGCCCUGGCGUGGGUUCUGCCCAUGAUGAUAACGCUGAUGCCUCUAUGUUGGAAGGAUCUCAAAUGGAGUUCGCCAGCUGCGCAAGAUGCAUCCAACAGCACGUUUGAUGGAGCAGAGCGGGCCAAUCAAAUAUACUUAGGGAUAGUCCUGGUUUUAUUUGAAAUUCUCCCUUGCAUUGUCAUACUUUUGACUUUUACUCGUCUAUAUUUCGUUGUUAGAAACCAAAGUCGCCGAAUAAAGGCUUUAGAAAUAGCCAUUCGCUUUAAUUUGGACAUCAGAACCCAGCGGAAGAGGAAGAUUGAAAGAUCAACUGUCAACGCGUUUUUCGCUGUAAUAAUCAUGUUUGAGAUAUGUUGGGUGUUGUCGGCUUACAGGGCAUUUUGCAGUUAUUACAACGUCUGUACAAUUUCGCUACUUUUUGUCCAAACAUCGAGGUUAUUUCUCUUUUUCAAUUCUGUUGUGAAUUUCUUUGUAUUCGCCUUGCUGAAGAGUGACAUUCGAGAUGAGAUAAAGCAUUCGCGUACUGUGCAUCAUAAGUGUACAGGUUAUCACGGGCUUGUUAGAUACCAGCACGCAGAGGCUUCUCUUGAUCUUAAAACGUCUGGCGACGAAAAACCGAUCCAACUUUUUUCGGUUGUAAGAAUUAAACUGAAGUGGUCACAAAUUUGGAGUUUUAUGGAUACAAGGAACGAAUCUGUUAAUGCAACGCAGACUUCACCUGCUAAAGGCUUAAAGAAAGAUGAAGUUUGGUUUUGGAUUAUCUUGGGUUCUACUGGAGUGGUUGCCAUCCUUGGUAAUUCUAUAGUCAUAUUCUUGAUUACAACUCGUAGAAGGCUGCAAACAACCUCCAAUAGCUUCAUUCUGUCCCUCUCUUGUUCUGAUUUGUUAAUAUCCAUCACGACAAUACCGGGAGCUUUCAUUUGUGAUCGCUUUGGAGUACAGUGCUCUCUCGUAUUCUGGAACUUCUGCAAUUACUUUCUUUGUGCCUCGGUAGUGAAUGUUUGCGCGAUGGCAGGAGAUAGAUUUUGUCGAGUGGUAUUUCCUUUGCGCUAUCCCGUCUUAAUGUCUCCUAAACGAGUGACAUUAACCAUUUGUAUAGGAUGGACGCUGCCCAUAUUUCUUUACCUUAUACCAUCGCUUUGCAUUACACUGAUCUCAACUACCGAAGCCAAAGACGCCGAAAGGAUUUUCAGAGUUAUACAAAUAUUUGCGUUCGCCGUUUUACCUUGUGCUGGGCUUUUACUUGCCUUCGCCAAAAUAUCACGCAUUACCCUAAAGCAUUCAAAACGUCAUCGAGUUCAAGUGGAGCAAAUCACUAGCAACUCGGCAAUUCCGCAGCGAAAUGUUAGACAAAGCAAUCGAAAGUCUUAUUCCGUUCUGGUUCUCGGCGCAGUAAUUUUCUUCUUCGUGUUAUGCUGGUCUUUCACUAUCUACAGAGGCCUUUGCAACAGCUUCUCCUUGUGCCAUGUACCGCUCACAAUGGUGUACGCUUCAAGGAUUUUUUUGGUGGGCAAUACCGCAGCUGAUCCAAUGGUAUAUGCUAUUCUUAAACAAGAUAUCAGAAGGGAGCUCAAUCUCACGUUUGCCUUCAUUAAAGGGAACAAUUUGCAAGUGCAAGAACUGAGGACGGAAACCCGAUUUGCUGGACAGUCGUUGUAUUACUAAUCAACCAAGCAGUAAUACAGUUAUGUGGACCAUACAGUCGGGGUGUUACCCAAAUAGAUCCUAUAGUUUACCAAGGGUAUUCUUCUCUGUGCUCUCUUGAUUUCUGUGGUGUGCUUCUUUUCAUAUAAAGUCUGUAUCUACGAAGCAUUGGAACCGGAAAAUCAAAGAACAGAGAGACAAAAAGUGCUCAAUUUCGAAUAGCAACAAGCGGACGAGGGUUUGAAACAGUAGAAAUAGCAUUUCAUGAAGAAUAACCUGAAAUGGCAAAAGACGCUUCAUAGUAUUUAUGCUUUUCACGUGGUGUUCCAUUAUAAAAGUGAUUCAUGCGUGUCAAUAGUGCUGAAACUUGGUAGAAUUGCUUUAAUAUCUGACAAUUUGAGACAAACACAAAAAUAAGGAAAAUUAGACAAUAAGUUUGCAAUCAUAUUUAAUUCGAAAUAUUAGGAACAAAGAUUUUGCGGAAUGUCUGGUAAGGAGAGAUAAAAAAAACCAUUAUCAUAACUUUUAGUCAACAUUUUUGAAGAAACUUUUGAGGUUUUUCUCUUGCAAACUUUCCUUUGAAGUAUAAAUAUAUCACCUAUCAAGGCAAGUUUCCAGAGGGUUUUUGAUUAGGAAGCUGUUCAAAAUCGAUGGUCGAGCAAAAGUGAAUCCAAGCUUUUUUUCAAGGAAAGCUAAAAUUUUUUUUCAAAUUUAUUUGUAAACGUUUUGAUUUGUGAAGUGUUUGUUAUUUCACAAUAUUUUCCUUACAAACACUUUGCAGAUUUUGACAACGAGCUUGCUCAAAUUGUACUUUUCUGUUGAAUUAGUAUUGACAUAACUUCCUGGGGCGUAUUCUAAAUAAGAAUGACCAUUAAUUGUCAUGGCAUCUAAAUUUCUAUCUCAGUGCGCGUGCAUAUCAUGUUAUGGACGGAUGAACUUGAAACCUAAAGUGCCUGACUUUCACUCUUCCUUCUGAGGGCAGUAAACUUUCGAGAAUAUGUACCUUGGUUCCUUAAGAUACAUCGUAUGAUUUAUCUAUUGUAUUGAAAAAAUAUUUUAUUGCUGUUUUCUAUACAAAACUGGAAUUAGUGCCAUCACAAUGUCUCAAAGACGUUUAU